AUGAUGACGGCCAGCCUGAUCUUCACCACUGCCGACGUCCCGGAGCUCAACCGCAUGUUUGCGUUUGGCAUCAGCAUGAUGUGGCUUUCCUCUGCGAUCUCAGCUGCUUGGUAUGGUGUUUUCGGACGAAUGCAGGCAGGCCUGAUUGGCAUCAACGAUGUCAUUGGCAUCCUUUGGGGGACGAUGGGUGGCCAGGUGUCUGUCGCCUUGGCCAGCGAGCCGGAAAGGAUCGUGCCCACACAGCUCGCCAUCAUUGCCGUGAGCACCAUGCUGACCGGCAUCGCCUCCAUUGUCUUUGGCCACUUGGGCCUGGGGAAGCUGAUGUUGCUCUUCCCUACGCCUGUGACGAGUGGAUUUCUGGGAUCCAUCGGCUUCUUCAUCUUCAAGUCUUCCUUGCAGAUCUCCUCCGGCGUCAAGUUCCGGUACCUCUGGCCCCAGGACUUCGGGGAGUUUCUGAAAGUGCAGCCGCUGGCGCGCGUGGUGUGCAUGUUUGCGGCCCUGGUCUUCAUCCGAAAGGUGCCGCCCCGAUUGGUGAAGCUCUUCCCGAAGAGCGUCAUGGUGAAGAAGCUCGGCGGGCUCUUCUGCCAGCUGGUGCCGCUCUUCCUCUUCUACCUUGUGGUGCAGAUUGCUGGCGUGGAUAUGAUGGAGCUGUCCGAAGAUGGUUGGACCUAUCCUCGCCAGGGCUCCACGGGCCCGCUGGAGUUCUGGCACUCGGGCAGCCUUUCGGGGGCCGACUGGAAGUUUGUCUGGGCGAACCUUCCGUCGAUGGGCUUAAUCGUUAUGAUGUCCGUGCUUUGCACGAUGACUGGGGCCCUGGGCAUCGCCGGAAAGUUUCCUACGGGACCUCAUGGGGACCCUGCACCCAACGAUGCCCUGGACUACGACCGGGAGUUGCUGACGGUGGGUUGGGUCGAUCUGGUCUUGGGCGUCUGCGGUGGUAUCAUCACCUUUCAUCGUCUGGGUAGCUCGGUACAGCUCCGAAUGGAUGGUGGCAGUCACCGCAUCGCCGUGUUCACCUGCUCGCUGUUCUGUGGCGGCCUCUUCCUGUCUGGCGUCCCCAUCGGCUACCUAAUCCCGACCUGGUUUCUUGGAGCGCUGUUCAUGAACAGCUCCAUCAGUUUGGUUGAAGAUGCCUUGUUCUCAUACAGGCAGCUGCCCAGUUCAAAGGGCACUUUGUUUGGGGUACGGCUGCCCUCCCCCGAGUAUGGCAUCACGCUCGCCUGCAUUGCGGUGGCGGUGGCGUGGUCCCCCUUCGCGGGAAUCGGGACGGGCCUGGCGUUGAGCAUCGUUGAGUUCUUGUGGCAGAGCUCCCAGAGCCUCCCGGUGAGUGGCGUGAGCUCGGGGCACCUGAGCAUGGGCCGUACCAAGCGUCCUGUUUGGGAGCUUCGCGUCCUGCGCAAGGAGGGAGAUCGGAUCAGCUUGCUCUUUUUGCAGGGCCGGCUCUUUUUUGGCUCGGCUGAGCAAGUCUCGCAAGUUCUGGAUACGGCCACGGACGAUGCCGCUGGGCGCUUGAAGUACUGCGUGCUGAGCUUCUCGCGCGUCAUCGACAUCGAUGCGUCGGCAGCCAAACAAGUGAAGACCUCAGUGGACAAAGCCUUCCGGAGCGGGGUGUUGGUCUUCUUCUGCCACAUGUCCCCGGACGUCUUCCAGGAGCUCUCCGUGGCCGGCGCCAUCAAGUCCCCGGAUCCUGCUCUGCUCCAGGCUGGGCGCCGGGAGCUUUUGUAG